CAUCUGAUACCACUCUAGAAGGGGAGACUAUCAAACAAACAGCUCAGCAUAUUAUGAAAGAUAAACUUGGUGAAAAAGAUGUAAAGACAAUAUCUAGAACCUUAGUCGAAACAUCUUUUGAUGCUGUUGUUGCCUUAUCCCGCCUCUCUAGGCUUCGAAGAGAAUUACAGCCCCUCAACGCUUCAGAAAAAAUAAUUUCUGCUACAUUGAAUCCGGAGGUAACUAGGUUAUUCAAUAAAGUUCAAAAGGAGCAUAGUGAGCAACGCGAAAAUGAAGGAAUAGAUUUUCCAGAACAUUUCUCGUUAGAAUCGGUCAAGGAAAGAUUGGAUGAGUACGAUGUAUCUAAUAUAUCUGACAAACAGGCCCUAGCCGAUGUAAUGAUAAUGCUCUGCAUUCGUCUUGCUAAAAUUAAAAACUUGCGUAUAUCUAAUGGGGCUGUAACUGGAUAUGCAAAAAACCGAGGUCAACAGGAUAUUCCUCGGGUGUUUAGAUUACUAGAAAAGAAUGGGGAGCGGGCUAAGCAACUCCUUACUUGGAUUCAGGAUAAUAUUUGUUCUGGAUA